AGGUUGAAAAGCAUAACCUCUCUCUCCUGCUCCUCUGUCAAUGUGAGCGGACUGAAAAACAAAAAGUCACUGCAACUCCUCUGUUCGAGAUCAAGAUUACUACAUAACUAAAUAAAUUUGGAAAACCUCCCUUUUUUCCUCUUUUCCGGUUGAAUCUGAUUUAAACCAGACGCCUUCGGAAUGCGCCCUGCGCUUCAUCAGGUCCGUGUCUAUGCCACUCGCUAAAUAAGUGCUCCUGUGAAGAUUGCCUACUGAAAAAUUCGACUUCACACAUACUCUCACACAGACACAUAUCUGAGCUGCUUUGCGUGUCAAGUGGUUGGCUGUGACGCGACACAUUCUUCCGCACAAUUUGCAGCGGCAAUCGUGAUUCCGCACCUGUAAUUUUUUUCUCUUCUCUGUUUCUGUUGCUCUUUUUUUUGAGGGGGGGGGGGGUUAUUUUUCUCUUUUAGAGCAAGGCAUUUUUUGAAUCAGUUUCUGCUGUUCGGCGUUGUUGCCCGUGGAGUCUCUCUCUCUCUCUCUCUCUCUCUCUCUCUCUCUAUAUAUAUAUAUAUAUAGUUAUCUUUGCACCUACAAGGCGUUCUUUAUUUCAAGAAGAAAAUAUUGAUCGUAGGUUUUUCCCCUUUUCCUCGCCGUGUGGUUAAGGUACGAACGUCUCUUCACGGUUGUCCCUCCCCUUUUUUCUAGAUUGAAGCUUUGAACUGUGUUUCCUGCUUUUAUACAUUCACCAUUUCAGGCGAUACACAACACCUUUUUCCCCUUCUGUUGUCGGUGUAGUGCCGCUAUUAUUGUUAUUGUUACUACUAUUAUUCUUCACUUCAUUACGCGCUUCCGUGCAACGCCGUGUCUCCACUCUGACGGUAUACUAUUUCAACGUAUCGGUCGGUACAUUCUUUUUCUCUCCCUCUACCCCACCCCCUCCCUUCUCUGUCGUUCGCCGCCAUGCAAUCCGUAAAACCGCGGAAAGUGUCCUCGUUCUCCUUCUCCAGCCUCAGUGAUCGCACGCACGACUUCGUCGACGACCCGGCUGGCAUCACGCGCUCCUCGCUCACCCAAGAGAGCUGCCAGAACGACUCAGGGUGCCACACGUGGGAGUCGUCUAUCGCAGGCGGCAGUGUGCUGACGCUGCCCCUGCAUGCGCAGACAUGGGUGCAGCUGACCCCAGGUGAUGCUCCAGUAGGGCUGCGCUACGGCGAUGACGACGACGACAACGUCAGGGCGGACCUCAGUAAAGAAAGAGAAGAUAUCGGUGAAGCGCUGACGCGUGUGAAGGCUCACGAGGCAGAAGAAGAGGCGGUGAUGGAUGUUUUUGACCUCGCCUUGGAGGCGGAUGUAGAAGCACGACAGGACCGGCCUCGCCACCAUCACCACCGCCACCACCAUCGACAACGACGACGACGUCACCAUGCAUCUCUCACGCACUCAAAUCAUCUGCUAACUGCUGUAGCAGGCGAUGCGUCGAGGAACGAGAGUGCCGUCAACGAACUCGCUUCUGCUGCUGCUGUCGUCAAUUCGAAAGCGUGCACUAACGCCUCGCACACGUUCUCUACGGUGGGGACCGACGCCGCGACGAGCACGCGACACAGCCGAGUCAGCAAAGGAUGUCAGGCGACGGCGCCGUUGAGUGCAGCCUCGUCUACCGCCAUUGCCGAAACCCCUUCCAUCUUCUCCGGUAGCAUCCCGCUCUGUCCAGAGGCGCGACUGCAGCAUUUGAAGAUGCUUCUAAGUGAGACGCGCAGCCUGCACGAAGCAUUCUGGAAGCAGCUGCAAGAUCUCCAGCGUCAAGAGGCGAAGGAGACGCAGCAGCAGCGAAAAUGCGAGCGGCACGUAUACACGGCGUGA